AUGUUAAUACGCGCGCGCAUUGUCGAUACAUCCGAACUCUUCAAGUGCGCCACUAGUCAGGAGUUUCGAGGAACUGAAGCGCAUGUGGUAGCACUACCGGACGAUGACCCGGAUACCUUCCGCCUAUACCUCAACCUGGUUUACACACAUCAGCUAGUCACAAGAGGUACUGGCCAGUGGCUGAAGCUAUGUCGACUAUACGUCCUAGCGGAGAAACUACAAGACAUUACAUCCAAGAACCAAAUCAUCGACGGAAUGUACGCAUUCUUCAGUGAGAUCGCCUGCCAACCUACCCUGAGCGUCAACAUCUCGCGUAUGCUUCCGGCUGCAGCAACGACAGAACUAUAUGAAGGCACAUCCAAACAAAGCCAGGCCCGGGAGCUUGUUCUCGACUUUUACGCGGACUCUGGUAACGUAUCCUGGCUUCUCAGCGAGCAGGCGAGGUUACCGACCGAGUUCAUUUGCGAUGUUGCUGUCCGCUUGUUGCAAAGGCGUGGCUAUGUCUUUUCUGGCUUCCGGAUUCGUCGUCCAUCUGACGGCUAUCAUGAAGCCAACACAUCCUCCCCAGGGAUGGCCUGUGCUGUAGCCAGGCAAGCGAAGGAAGUCUCGGCAGAUGAGCAGAAUGUUAUGGUCAGAGCUGUCACAGGAGCCAAGAAGAAAUCUUGUGAGAACCUCCCAGAGCUCAAUGGCGAUGCGAAGGAACUGGAACUCGAGCUCUCUGACGUUGUAGUUGCGGAUGUGGCUGAAUCAGCAACCGGCCAUACACUCCCGCCACUCAAAGGAAUUGUGACAGAAGUGAGAUGGGAGCUUGACAGAUGGUAG